CCUCGGGCCCUCCAUUUUGUCAAUGCGUGGUCCGAACUCGCUCGCAACCCCGCUCCCCCGUCCCGUCCCCCCUUCCUCGACCGCACCCUCCUCCGCUCCCGCUCCCUCCCUCCGUCCUCUUUGACACCCUGAGUACUCCCCCAAACCCCCAUCCACGACGCCAAAUCCUCCUUCGUCUCCGCAAUCUCUACCUCUCGAGAACCAAACAAACUCCUCAAGGCCAACAAGACAGCCUCCACCUUCAAGGCCGUCGUCGCCCACGUUUGGCGCUCCGCUUGCAAAGCCCGGUCGCUCGAACCCCAUGAGCCUACCCGUCUACUGAUGACGGCCGAUGCACGCGCCCGUAUGCAUCCGCCACUCCCCGCCGGGUACCUCGGCAACGCCAUCUUCCGUUCCUCUGCGGUCGCCACAGCAGGCGACAUUUCAUCGAACACCAUCGAAUUCGGCGCAGAAAAGAUCGGGGAGGCAACGAAAAAGCUCAACGACGAGUACGUGAGGUCCCUGAUUGACUAUCUCGACGCCGUGGAGGAUGUCAAGGGGCUGCAGAAGGGAAAGUGGGCGAUGCCAAGGAGCGAUCUGUGGGUGAUAAGCUGGCAGGGUCUGCCGAUAUACGAGGCGGAUUUCGGGUGGGGGAGGCCGGUGUUUAUGGGGAGGGCUUGCUUGCAGUUUGCUGGGCUGGUUUAUGUGAUGCAGGAGCCUGGAGAGGGGGGAGGGAUCACUUUGGCUGUGGCUCUGGAGCCUGAGAGUAUGGAGAGGUUUAAAGAGGUGAUAUAUGAGGAUUUGGAGGUUUGAUUGAGGAGUUUAGUGGGGAUUUUGCAUUGAAGGGUGAUGUGUUUGUCAUUUUGUUUUCUUUUCUUUUGUUUCGAGGUAAUUGUUUGGAAAUAUGCUCUUUUUUUCCUUUUUUCAUUUUCACUAGAUUGGGAUAUGUUAAGGUUAUAAUCUGUGAGAUCAUACCAGCAUUCAUGCACCAGAUCUUAUUAGAACUUUUUUUGCAGUUAAAUGUGCGUGUAUUUCUAUACCAAAUUGUCAAUCUUAAAGGUGUUAAAUUUUUUUGG